AUGUCAAUAUCUUUACAAGCCACCACCCGUAUGGCAACUCUCCGCCAACCGCAGCCCUCCGAGGCCGCUCUCCUCACCGAGCUCGCUCUCGCCGCAAAGGCCUACUGGGGCUACUCCGCUGCCUUUAUGGCCUCUGCCCGCGCCGAACUUGCAAUCACCGCCUCCGACAUUUCCCAGAACGCCAACUACAUGCGCGUCGCCGUCCUCCCUGGGAAGGAGGGGCCGGAGAGCCAGGAGGAGAUUGUCGCCGUCUGUCGCAUCACACUAAUCGACGACGCCGAGGCAGAGCUCAGCUACCUAUGGGUCAGCCCGGCGCAUAUGGGCCGCGGUCUUGGCCGGCUACUCUGGGAAGACGCGGUCCGGCGCGCCGGGGACAGCGGCGUGGGAAGGCUGACCCUCGACGCGGACCCGCACGCGGAGAGCUUCCACAUCCGGAUGGGAGCGCAGAGGUGCGGCGAGGUACCGAGCGGGAGCGUGCCCGGGCGUGUGCUGCCGCGGCUGGUGGUGGACGUGCCGCGGGCGCUCGCGACGAUGCAGGCGCGACAGGCCAUGAACGCAGCGGCUUGA